AUGCUGCCUUUUGAUAGAGAGGAGAGGGCUCUAAUCGAGAGAGAAUAUGUAAAGCAUAGAAAAGACAUCAAGAAGGCCAAGAUGAGAGAAAGACACUUCAAGAUGAAGGACAAGGGAUAUUGCUUAUCUAUCGAUCUUCUUGGAGAUAGUAGAGAUGUGGUUUCCAUGUUCCUUGGGUAUAUUGAGGGACUAGGAAUUUCCCGGAGGGAUGUGUAUGAAUAUAUAGCAGAUGCAGUUCUAUGUGGAAACAAUGGCAUUUCUGAGAAUCUGAAGAGGAUAGUGAAGUUGGGAAUAAGAGAUAAGAACUCCAUAGGAAAGGAGAUAGCAAAGACAUGCAGCUGA